UUGGUUUAAACCUAAUUGAAAAAUAUAGGAAGCUUAGAUGUUAUUGAAAUCAAUUAAUGAAAUAAUAAAAAAUAUCAGUUAAAAAAGCGAUAUGAUUGUAUUUCUCUAAUGUUGGAUUCUUAAGAAAAACUGGUCGUCCCCACCUCCGUUACAUAGAUGUAAUAAAACGAGACCUCAAAUCAGUGAACAUCAAUACUGACCAUUGGGAAGACAUAGCUCUAGACCGCACCAGAUGGAGAGAGAUAGUGACCAAGAAAGCUAUGGACAAUGAAAGAACAUGGGUCUCAGCUCAGGCAGAAAAACGUACAAUACAGAAAAUGGCCAUCUCCUCUACCACCGAAGCAAAAGCCACCUUAACCUGCGAUACUUGUGGAUGGUAGUGUCUCUCCAAAAUAGGGCUCCACAAGAAGAAGUGUGUGAGAUGAACCAUAGUCGUUCUACGACUGAAGGAGGCCAACAAAUGCCGGAUAACUUAAUCCUAAAUAAUUUUGAAAUUUGCCAGUUGACUGUAAAUAAAGAUAUUAAGAGAAAUCUACAUCUUGAAGAAGAAGUUACUUACUUAGGAUUCAAAAUAGUUGGCUUUACCCCUUUAAAAAUUGAAAUUAAUGAACUGACAGGAGAUAUUUUUCAAAAACUUACCACAGCUCUCAAGAAAUACUCACAAUCUGAUAGUGAGCAAUUUGAAUUAGUUAAUAGGAAUUUUGACAAUCUUACCAUCAAAGAUGAUACAGAUCAUGCUCAAAAUGAUGCUAUUGCUCAUUUAGAUAUUAGUGAUGCAUCAAAGAAGGUACAUUUAGAAACUUGCAAGAAUAAAUUAGAAAUUACAAAAUUAAUUUUUUUGGAAGAUUCACACAACAGACCUUUAAGUACAGAAAAUAUAGAAGUUACUUUUCAUGAUCAAAAUGAUGUGACAAAAAAACAUGAAAGAGCGCAAAUCACUCAAGAAUUGAACAAUACUGAUAGAGAAACAGUUUCUGACAAGGAACUUGCUGCCUUUGAAAAAACAUUUGAAGAGAAGGAAUUAGAAGCCGUUGCUGAUUCAAGCCCUAUUGUAAAAGAUUUUGAAGAUAGGAAAUUAGAAUCCAUUGCUGUCACCAGCCCAGAUGUAAAAGAUAUUGAAGAGCAGAAAGAAAAAUGUGUAUCUGUUUCCAAGUUUACUGAAAUAAGAUUGAAAAAUGAAAAAGAAUUUCUAGAUUCUCAUAAGGCAAAUGAAACAGAAUUAUCCAAACCAAUAGAGAAUAAAAACAGUAAAGAUAUUCAACUUGAAAAUCAAAGUAAUCAGAUAGAAUCAAAAGAUAGCAGUGAAAGUGAUAGUUUAUUGGAAGAGCCUAUUUUUGGAGUAGAUAAUGAAGUAAAUUUUAAUGAAAAAACAACAGAAAAUUCACAUUUGAUAAAAAAAUCAGAAGUAAUUAAUGAAGAAGCUGUCAUUCUAACAGGUGAAAAAGAAAAUUGUGCUCAAAACAAACAUGUUGUUAAUAAAUCCAAUGUUGUCAACUUUUUAGCCCAUCAGAACGUAUCUGUAACUCUGCCAAAGUUAAAGGAAGAACCUAAGCAUCAUUUUAGGAAUUCAGGAAAUUUAAAUACAUCAGAGAAACUCAAAACAACUUUACAUAAUAAGACUGGUCAUAAAAUGAAUGCUGAUAACUGUGAAAAAACAGAGGGUAUUGACCAUAAGCAACAUAAGAUAUCAGAAGAAACUCUGGAUACUUUAAGAAACUUCAAAUCAGUUUUAUUUGAUGAUGUAAGUGCAAAUGAUGCCCAUGAGUGGAAGAAAUUAUUAGAAGAAAGAUACCAAGAAAUAAAAGUCAUAUAUGACAAGAACACUGCAAAUUUUCAAAUUAUGGGAUCAAGGAAUAAUGUACUUCCAGCAAGAGCUUUAAUCUUGAAAUUGAGAGGAAAUAAAGAUACAGAUAAGAUAUAUACAAAUAAAAAUAAAGAUACAGAUAUGAUGUAUACAAAUAAAAGUAAGGAAGAACAACAAACACUGUCUUUGAACUCAAAUAAGGAUAAAAGAAAGGAUUGUUCCAGUGACGUAGGACUUUUAAAAAUAGAUAAAGAUACUGAGUUGAGGGGCGCAAAAUUCUCAACCUCAAGUUUUGAAAGAGAGAAAGAAAAACACUUUGCAUCCCCAGUGCAACCUAAUUAUCAAAACUCAAAUAAGGAUAAAAGAAAAGAUUGUUCCAGUGACGUAGGACUUUUAAAAAUAGAUAAGUAUGAUGAGAUAAGCGGCGCCAAAUCUUCUACCUCAAGUUUUGAAAGAGAGAAAGGAAAACACUUUGCAUCCACACUGCAACCUCAGUAUCAAGAGUCUUUGAUCAGUCAUGAGGCUUUAGGAUUUGAAAUGUAUAAGGAAUCAAGAAGUAGAAAUAUUAAAAAAGACCAGAAAGGAAAUAUUUUUGUUGGAAAAAGUGAUUUGAAAGUACGCAUUUCUAAGGCAAAUAUCACAAAACUUAAUGUUGACAUGAUAGUAAAUGCAGCAAACAUUAAACUGAGUCCUAUAGGAGGAGUAGCAUUGGCCAUAUCAAAAGAAGCAGGUCAUGAAUUAGUAAAAGACUGUGAGGAAUUCAUAAAGAAAAAUGGAUCCCUUAGAGUUACUGAUGUUUUUGUUUCAAAAGGUGGAAGAUUGAAAGCUAAAUAUGUUAUGCAUGCAGUUGGACCGAAUUGGGAUUACUAUGAAGAUAAAAGAAAUUGCUUGAAAGAUCUUAGGCAGACAGUACUCAGGUGUCUGAUUGAGGCUUCUCUGCGAAACAUGAGAACUGUAGCUUUACCGUCUAUAAGUGCUGCGAAAUCUAAAGUUCCAGCUAAACUAUGUGCUGAAACUUACAUGGCAGCAGUAAAAAGUUUUGAUUGCAUAAGACAGAAGUUAUCUCUUUUAUCCCUUCAAGAAGUUUGGUUUGUUGAUGUCAAUGAAGAGUUAGUAUACACUAUUCAAGAUGAAUUCUUAAAUCAUUGGGAAAUUAAUAGUGAUAGAUAUCUAGUUAAAGAAGAUUUACUAUUUUCUUACCAACAUCUGGACAGACCAGAAUAUAAAGAUCAAUAUUCUUCUCAGAACUUUAUUAGAGCAAAGAAACAUUCUUUAUCAACUUUUAGUGCUUCUGGAAGUAAACCUAAAGAAAGUAAAGGUUUGGCUUCAUCAAGUGGCACAACUAAAGAAAAACAAAAAACUUUUGAAUUUAAACACUUAAAGAUCACAGUUUCAGUUAGCCCAGCCCUGGCUUCUUCAGAUGAGAUUGUCAUUGUUUUUGGUGACCCAUUUGAUAAACUUAGUGGAUUAUCAGAUUUCAAGUGUAAAAAAUGUCUUCAAGAGCUCAAAGGUUCUGAUCAGUUCAAAUCAAAAGGCUUUAAAUCAUUUGUAUCUCAUAUGCAUGGAAAAAAUUCUAAAAAAAUAUACUGUCUGAAAUUAGAUACAUUGAUCAAAGAAGGAUUUAUUAAAGCUUUUGAAUAUUUAGCUUCUAUUGACAUAUCACUUUUAAGCAGCACUAAAACAAGAGAAUUUUCAGUUGUUAUUACAAGCAACAUAUUUUUCUGUGAACCUCAUCAUCUUGACUUCAAAACUGUCAGUACCUUUGCAGAAGUUUUCCACAAAUUCUUACCUGACUUGUCACAAAACAAAACUUUGAAAUUUAUAAGAAUGGCUGUAAAUGAAGAUACUUUUUCUUCCAUCAAAAAAGUCUUUGAUUCAAAAGUAGACUUGUUCAGGACUAAUCAUGCCCAUGUUUUGGAGACCAGGCAAAGAGUUUACUCCCCUAAUCAUAAAACUUCACAUAGUCUAACUGAUGAUUCACAGCCUUGUGAUGAUAGAACCACUGCAAGAGCUUACAAUACAGGCAGCAGAUCAUCUUCUAGAAAACCACAUUUGGGCAAUUCUGUAACAACUGCUAGUUCACAGUUUGAAACACAAGGUGGAACUCCAGCUAAUGUUGAAACAGACUGUCCUUUAUGUUAUGAUGGAAAACCAAGCUCUUUAUUACAUUGCUGUAACAUAAUGAUAUGUGAUAGUUGUUUCAACAAAGUUCAGUUUUGCCCUUAUUGUCGAACAGUUUUUAAAAUCUUAACAGGAAAUCAACCUGAUGGAGAAAUGCAUGUCAAUUAUUUCAAACACAAACAUGCAGCAGGUUAUGAAUAUUGUGGUGUGUGGGAAAUUCAGUACUAUUUCAAGAGUGGCACUCAGAAGGAAAAUCAUCCCAAUCCUGGAAAAUGGUAUUCUUCUAUAUCAAGAACUGCCUAUUUGCCAGACACUUCUGAAGGUUUUGAUGUUCUUCUACUGUUAAAACUUUCAUUUAUGAGGCGGCUCACAUUUACCAUUGGCCUGUCACUGACAAUGAAUUUGGAGGACAAAAUAACCUGGAAUGACAUCCACCAUAAAACAAGUCUUGAUGGGGGAAGCUAUGGUUAUCCAGAUCCUAACUAUUUGAAAAGAGUGCUUCAAGAACUAGAAGGGAAAGGAGUGACUUAUGAAAGUGAAACACCAGAAGAAAAAUUAAAAUUAGAUCAUUUUAAGUACGAAUUGAUAAGCAAAAAAAUGUAUUUGACUUAUCCUGAACACUAAUUAAUAGUUGACCUAUAUUUUAACUCUCUUUUUUUUUAUGGGCUUGGUUACUUUUGUAAAUGCUUAAAUUUAGUUAGUUGUAUUUUUUAAAAAUACAUAAUUAAAGAAAAGGACAUUUGUAUAAAAGAUAACAUCAUCGUUAAACAUUUUAUUCUACCAAUCAGUAUUUUCUUUUUGUCAUUUUUAGCGGCCCUGGAAAGGGGAAAAGACAUUAUUAGUUUUGUGUGGAAUGUUUGUCCGUCCUGUUUAGAUCUGGUAGAAAAGAUAGUGAAAAUUCGACAUCAUAAUAAUUUAGACUGUUCAAAGUUCUGAUGCAACGGCUACUUUUUUCUUUUCUGAAAGCUAAUAUCUAUUAUUAAAUCACUUAUGCAAGCAGUUUUUUCAUAAAAAUACAUCACUUUUACAACUAUUCAAUAUUAAUAGUAACAAACACAGGAGUCUUUGUAGUAGGGGAGAUUAUAUUUUAACACAUUUAUGCAAAUGAUUUUUGAUUUUUUGUCAAAAAAAUUAUUUAAUUUUUUUACAGUUGUGCUAAAUUAUAUAACUUUUUAUACUAACUACUACAUUUACACACACACAAAUUUUUACUUUUUUUUAAAGAGAAAAAAUCUAUUUAGUAUGCCUAUAGAACACUUAACUAAAAAAAUUUUUUGUUCUAUUGAAAUGUUUUUUUCUUGAGGAAUACAAAACAAUUAGAUCAAUUAGAUAUUCAUUAUAAGACAUUAGUUAGGCCAGGUUCACAUCUAAUUUCACAUUAACUUUCACCUAUCUUUGGUCUUCUGGGGCACCACACAAGAUCUGCCAACCUUCUUUCUCCACUCUUCUCUUUCAUUUGUAUUUAAUAGAAUUUCAUUCUGAUGUUCAUUCUGAAAAUAUUGAAACCUGCCUUUUUACCUGCCUGGGUGGACCACUUUGGGGGCCAUUUUGAGUGUGUUUCCACACAAACUGUCUUUGUAACCUUGUUGUUCAUAUUUCCUUUUUUUUGUACAAGAUUGCAUGAUAGCUUUUAAAAAAUUAGAAUUAUCAUAUAUGCAGUCUGUCACAAACCGCUGUGUGCCCACACACAUUUGUGUGUGCGUAGCAGAACAACAACAGUUCACUACUGGCCUGGCUAAGGAAUGUUGACCCAACUGACCCCUUACCCGCCAUCAUGGCCUUAGUUAUUGUGGAAUGUUUUAUUUUUUUUAUUGUUAUUUCAAUUUCUAUUCUAAUUUAAUUAUUUGUGUUUCUAAUCUAUUUUAUUUAAUUAAAUUAGACUUAGUUUAUUAUUGGGAAGGGAAAUAAGCACCUGUAUAUUUUUCCUUUUUAUUUUAAUGUCACGUGACAAAGUGACCUGGUCUUGGACGAGGCAGGAUGACAUGGGUACUUUGGGGGACAAAGCAGUACUUGGCAUGGGUUUUUACAGCGGAGGGUCGCAUUCCCCGCUUCUUGUUCUUCCUUAUAUUUUCAACUAAAAUUCUUGUUUUAAGAAUACUAUAUUUAAAUCGAAAGUGUAGUCAUUUUGGACAUCUUAGUUUGUUAUCAGUUUCAUUGAUGUAUCUAUAUUUAAAACGUUGUGGAUGAUUCUAUAUUCUAUAUCAAUAAAGUUAUAUGCUACGUGUUUUGAACUAUUAUUCUGGUGUUCAGUGUUAUAUGUGAGUAUUUUAAACCACAAUUGGCAUCAACUCUUCCGUACCGGUAGCUGACAACCAACGCCUAUCAGUGAACAUCAUUACUGAGAAUGACACUCAAAAGACUGUAACGGACACUUCUGAGCGGAUAGUGCAACACCCACACUUGCAAUGGAAUCUUAUUAAAUACCUGGCACCCUAUAAGAAAAGAAUGCCUACUCUAUGACUGGAAAUAGUAACUCUAUAGUAGAGUAGAGAUAUAACUAACAAAGUAAUAUCUACCGUUAACGAAGAUACAAAAUUUCCAGAAUAAUAAGUUCAAGGAAAUGGUUCUAAAACUGAUUUAUACAAACCAAGAAAUUUAUUACUGACCAAACAACCGGUCCGUUUCAGUUAACUUCAGAGAGUUAACUGCCUCAUGAACAAAGAAUGACCAAUAGCCUAAACGUCACCGGACUUUAUGACGUAGCAAACAAAUCAAAAAUACAAUUGCUUAUACACCGUACAAGGUUUACAAAUAGAGAAAAAAAUUAAUCAAUACCACCAAGUAGAGUUAAAUCGCGACAGGGCUAAAGUCAUGAAAUACACAGUUCCAGCGUUAACAGUCGGGUCUCCAGAAUCGCCCUAGACUAAGACCAGUUGAAGCAGGUGCCAGCGUCUUGUGACAGAGUCUGUAAAUAAACUGAAAUAGCCUGAAGAUAUUUUAUAUAGUUAAUAAUUAUAAUUGCAUAUAUUUUAUCACUACCAUUUUAUUAUCAACAACCUCAUUGCCUUUUUUUUUGUCUUUUUUUUUUAUAGAAUUACCAGUUUUUUUAUUUUCUAAACUAGUUAAAGGAUAAUAUUUUGUGUGUCAUUAACAUAACUUCCUUCCUUCUAUAGCAGCGUUUCUCAACCUUUUAACCUUUUAUAAUCCCCCACUCUGUUGCGACCCCCCCAGCCGACACACACAUACAGCAAUAGAAGAGUAAGCAAUAAUAAUCCAUAUUUUCGAUGGUCUUCGGCGACCCCUGGCAAAAGGUCAAGCGACUCACAGGCUGAGAACCCCUGUUCUAUAGUAUAUUAUUUCUCAUAGAAGUUAUUUUAAAAAUCUUCUAAUGGUGUUCAUUUUUUUAAAUGAAAGGCUUAAUUAACAGACUUCAUAUAAAUUACAUAAUUGUGUUUUCAAUAAUUAGACUACAUUAUAAUCAAUUAAAGGAAGAUUAAUAUUCAUAACUAAUCCUGAAAGUAUAACGUGUUUAUAUAUAAUAUAUAUAUAUACAUAUAUAAUAAUUUUUUUUAUGACCUAUUCAUUUUAGUUUUGUUACUUUUAUUUAUACUAAAAUACCAUCUGCAUUUUUAUUGUUGGUUGCCUGGAAUUUAGCACCUAUAAAUUCAUCUUAUACUAGUUAGGUUUUGUUCGGGAAGAGUGCCUAAAUUGCUAUGAUUUCCUUUAGUUCUUCAUAAGAAUUAACCUUCAAAUAGUUUUUUGUACCUUAUUUCAUUUAUUGCCAUUUUGUAAAAUUGAAUGUCUAUGAACUCAGAAAGACUUAAAGAUCAGUACAAGCACAUUUUUUUCCAUAUGCUUGGACAAAUUUGUACAAGUGCUCAUUCUUCCCUAGAGCUAUUAUAGAAUAAGUUACAUGAAUUAGCCAGAAAAACCAAAGACUUGGCAGAUUUUUGGUCACUGAUUAACAUGAGUAGAUUGAAAUAUUGAUAUGCGUAGGAUGUAAUUAUCUUCUCUUUUGAAGUAAUGUCUAUAAAUGUUCAGAAAUGCAUAUCAAUUUAAUUCUAUUUUUAGAGGAUAAUCAACAAUUUUAUAUUUUAUUAUCUAGUGCUAAAACACCACACUGCUAUUCAGUAGAGAACAUUUCCAUCAAAACCUUUUUUUUUUCCCCUCAGUUUAACACUUUGUUGUGUAUUGCCCUUCAGUAUAUUUUGUACCUUUAGUGUAUGUCUCUUCCUAGUUAGUCUGUGUUGCAGUUUUUACUUCAUUCAUUUCAUUAAAAGAACUUGAGUUUA